AUGGAAUCUCCCGACGCCCGAGCAGCGCCUGUCAAUGGAGACACAGAAACGCCCGCAUGCCAGUCAUGCCGAAGCCGUAAGCUGCGGUGCUCAAGGGAUCUUCCCUCGUGCACACGAUGCCAACGCCUUGGUGUGGACUGUUACUAUGAUUAUACAAAGAAUAAACCCGGAGUCAAAGUGGGCAUAAUUCAGACUCUGACUCAGCGAGUGGAAUCAUUGGAAGCUCAACUAGAAGCACUAAGGGCCCAGCAUCAGGCUGCUAGUGGUAUUCCAAGUCCUGCAAGCACAAUUCAGGAUGUAAACGCUCUCCGAGGCUUGGUUUCAUCAAUGAUGGAGGAGUGGCGAGAGAAUAACAUGCUCCCAACUAAUGCUCCAGACCAACGUCUCAACAUCGGUUCAGAUCGGGAUGUGCAUGACUCCACAAUGCCGGCUUCAAGUCCUGAGAUCUCACGAAAAAGGCCGUGUCCAGACUCUAGCAGCUCUCUGGAUUCCACAUGUCAAGUGGACCUACCCCCGGAUAGCUUAAUCAAUGGUAUCCUGGAUGCAUACUUCUCAGUCGUUCAUCCUUUCAUACCAAUCCUCCAUGAACCACUUUUUCGAUCCCGGUUGCGCGAUCCGGCUGAGAGGCCAAAGUUGAUUUCCUUACUUCAUGCCAUGAUGUGGAGUACAUCCCAUCCAGGCGCACUACAGAAAUCUAGAGAUUUUGUAGUUCUCUCAAGCAUAGAUAGCCUUUCUGUAGAAAGCGCUCAGUCCCUCAUUAUUAUUGCCUUUGUUCAUAUAUGCGACGGUAACGCAAACAAAGCGUGGCCAAUUGUCGGAGCACUGACCAGAGCUGUUGUGUACAUGGGACUCCACAGCGAGCCAGAUGAAGGCCAGCAGGGAGAUCCUUGCGUCCAACCAUUCCAAUGUCUGCCAACAGCCCGGGUAUGGACGGAAAUGGAGGAGCGACGUCGAGUAUUCUGGAAUGUCUUUCUUCUAGACAGCUGGAAGAUGUUUCUCCCUCGACGGUGGAAAGACUCUAAUAUCUCUAAGGAGCCUGCAUUUGUGCAUAUGGAUCCCAACCUGACUCUUGCUCACAUCACCCACAAUACGUCAAUGAUCCUUUUACAUCAGUGCAUUGCCUACCCACGGGCCAGCCUCGUGGAUAAGCUGAGACAAGCAAGUAUCUCCAGUGCUGAAACGUGCCAGCUUGCCGCGACAGAAACAGCCAAUAUUGUUCAGAAGUACCUUCAGUAUACACCCUUUGUUGGGCUUGUCAAUGCGCAGUUCGUGUUUUGCGCAUUCGUCAGCGCACGCGUCAUGCUUGUUCAUUCACGCCUCCAUCGCACAGAGCUUCCGGAAGGGUACGACAUUCUUCUGUGGAGUCUCCAGCAGAUGUCAGCGAGAUGGGUUUCGUCGAACCCGAACUUAAGAUUGACACAGGGAAACGACAACUUUGCUAAUGCCCUUCUUUCUCAGCUUCAGAGGCUGCAGGAGCGGUGCAAGUACAUUGACCCUUUUGAAUUGGACGCCUUGGGCUAUGCUGUUGAAGUAAGCUUUGCCCUUGGAAUACGUAGCCCACCGACCAACUCAGGUGAGAGCCAGUGGGUCCGGGAACGACGUGCCCAACAGCGACAUAGCAUCAUACCUGUUAAUGGCCAGCGGUCCCAUUAUAUGACUAGUACUCCUUCCGCGCACAGAUCCAGCCAGAGUACCGUCCAUGACCAGGCAUCGCACCAGAACGUAACAUCAUCUGUGAACGCUACGCCUCCUAGCCCCCAGGUAGCACCAGGCCCAGCAAUGAGGGAGACGAGCCAGUGGAAUAGAAACCACAUACCAACUCAACAACAUAUGGGUACAGUGCAUGCUGGGAGUGUAUAUCCCACUCAAACCGGCUCCCAGGCACCAUUGGAUGGUCUAUUUCCUUCAGUCGGUGAGGCCUCGCCCCUCGAUGGCUCGGACAGCUUUGUGGCAUUGUCUAACUUCCUUCUGGAUCCUCAAUAUCUUGACAUGGACCGAAUUAUCAGUUUUCAAGAUUCCUUUACUCAUUAG